AUGUCGAAUCCAUUUGCUGCUAUGGAAACUUUAUCCUCUGGGACCAACGGCGAUCAAAGGACAUCGUCGGCAGCGGAGCGAAAGGGAGAAUAUCGUCGGCUCCACAAUGACAUGCAGAUCGUCGGGUUCAAAGUUCGAGCCCUAGAGGAGAAACUGGACAAACUUAUGAAAGACACGGAUGGGGGCAACGAAACUAAACAUGGCUCUGGACGCAACGCCGUGGCGUUCACUGCACGCCUUUCAACCAACCGCACGUUUCGAUCUCAGCAGACGAUACUUUUUGAUGACGUCAUGACCAACGUGGGUAACGCUUAUGACGUCACUUCCGGAACGUUCAAGGCUCCUUGCGCCGGAAGGUUUCUGUUUUCGCUAACCGUGCGCGCGCAGUAUCACAAGCAGGCUUGCGCCGAGAUCGUAGCUGAACCCGAGGUGAUAGGCGUGGUCGCAGCAGGCGACACCGAAAUCGAGCGCGCAUCAUCGUCGCUGACAGUUGUGACGUCAUUGAGCCUUGGUGACGUAGUGCACGUGCGUGAGAUGAAAAUGUUUAAGGGCGACUUCUACGGAGAUGGGUUCACCGUCUUCACCGGCGUUCUGCUGCAGUGA